ACCGACCAUGAUCUAUGUGCUCAUAUAGCAAUAGAAUCAUCUUUGAGAAAACAAUUGCUGGUUCAGAUAGAUGGAAGUUCUGUCUUGCAACAUCAAUUGAUGUGCCUGCUAGAUGAGAAAGAGUGGGUAAAUGAUGAUGUGAUCAAUGCAUAUAUAUGUUGUAUAAAGGACCAAAUACAUCUCCAGAAUGAUAAUAAAGUAUAUUUUGAGAGUCCAUUUGUUACCUCACUAUUUAAACGAGAUGGCACCAUUGGAAUACAAGAAGGUAGUGCCUUCAUGACAGAGAUUGUCCUCGAAUAUAUGCAGCAUGACAUGAUUAAACUUCCAAUAAAUGCCAAUAACACACAUUGGUAUUUAGCUGUUGUGAAUACAAAAAAAUGUGAGGUUCAAGUUCUAGACUCAUUGUGCUGGAAUUCUGACAGAGAUGAUCUUGCUAAUACGCUACGAGGAAUACAAUUUCAUUUGGACCUUCUUAAAAGUCAAAAGUUGGUAAGCGACGAUUGGAAAGACGUUGAUCUUACUGAAUGGAAGAUCACAGAACAAUUACAAAAGGCAAUUCAAAAAGAUAGUUCUUCAUGUGGUUUAUUUAUGGUUAAAUUUAUGGAAUAUUUCACCGGAUGUGCACUAUCCUACCCAAUUACACAGGAAAUGAUUACUUCUUUUAGGUUUAAGUUAGCCAGCAUACUAUUAUGUUGGAAAACAAACACUGCAGCAAUGACUACAAUCGUUGAAGAAAGUGACGGUGACAGCAAGGGAGAUCCUGAUGAUGUUCAAAUAUUGGAAAGUUUAGAUGAUAUAGAAAAAACAAAAACAAAAAUCCCAUUAUCUGUUGAAAAUAAAUACAGAUCAUUAAUAUCAAUUCUUUCUAAUAUGACCUUACAUGAGUUAACAGCUGGACUCUGUAGCUUCAUUAAAUCAAUUAAUUACACCGAGAUUUUAGAGUAAGUCAUUUUAAAUUAGUAUUGCAAUUGUAUAGUAUCUGAAUUGUUUUAUUAAUGGUUUAUUUUCUUAAUUUGUAUCAUUAUCAGGAAAGUAUGGAUCCGAAGUUCAAAACCAUA